AUGAGUGACCGUAGUCCGGUAGAGCAGGAAACCUAUUUUUCCAAACCAGAGCAUCUUUUCCCACAUCUCGACGAGGGCAGAAUUCCUACUGAACCAUUCUUAAGCGCUUGUCAAGGAAUCGCAGACUUUGUUGGUUUUUUGGGAGCUGCUUUCUCACCAGUGAAGGCCGAUAUUAAUGGCAAUGUUGUCAAAGUUCGUACCCGAUUUGAAAAGGAUCGAAUAGGUCAGCGCUACUUACAAGAUUUGAUUGAUAACGAUCUGAAGGAUCACGGUGGAAAUUUGGGAAUAGCCACAGAAGGUCUUUUGUGGUUGAAAAGAGGGCUUGAGUUUAUGCUGGAAAUGCUCACAUUGAUGGUGCAAGAGUACAGAUCUACAGCGGACAAAAGUAAAACGGAAAAUCUGGUCGGUGUCAUCAAUAGGGCGUACGAGAAAUCACUCAAACGACAUCAUGGGUUU